CUUACUCUCUCUGUUUCAUUAUCAAACAUCCUCUUCCUCCAUAUCUAAUGAAGCUUUUGUCUUUUCGUUCCGUUUUCUCUAUCAAUGCAACUAACCAAACUCAUAACCCUCUCCUUCGGCCUUUGCUAAACAGUUAUGGUUACAGGUACAUGUUUUUCUUAAAUAUAGCAUGUUACCAGCUUUGCCAACGGCUGACAUUCAUAUGCAUAUGCCCUCCAAACAAACAAUCCAACACCAUUCCCUUCCGUUGUUUUCGUUACCAAUCCACCUCUGCUUCUGUUUUCUCUGUUUCUUUUUCCACUUCUAAAAAAAACAGAGGAUCCAUCGGUCAUUUCCAAAGUUUUCUUUUGCGCUUUUUCUCCUGUCUUCAUUUUGUGAGGUUGGUCUAAUCCCAAUCUUCCCACCCAUUUACUUUACGCUGCAAAUGGGAUUGAUCUGUGCCUUUGCAGUGGCCUUGGCCAUUUACAUUCUAGUUUAAUGAAUUCCCUAUUCUCCAAUCGGGCAUUCUAUACAUGGCAUCUUCUCAAGUGGAGAUUGUUUCUUCUUCGCCUUUUGGUUGUGUCCACCGCCGCAAAGAACGUUGCAGAGACAGUAAUGUAAGAGCUGUCUUCGACAAGAAUUUCAAAGAAUUGGUACAUGGCUGCAUAUCUCUCUCUUCCCAUGAAAAUUCACAAAAUCAAAUCCGUCGGAUUGCAUCUUGGGUCACCACCGAACAAGUCAAUGACAAUCGUCAGACUUUGCAAUUGCUGAAUAAUAACGACAACAACAUUAAAAAGGAAAGGCCUUUACCAAUCACACCAAGGCAGUCUCGACUUGUUCUUGAUCGAUGGGUAAGUAGGCAAGCUCAAGAUGUGACUGCAUCCACCCUGCAGAAACAUGUAAAAGAAGCUGAUCCAUUAUUAAUUCCUUCAAAUUCAAACACUGCAUCUCUAACAACAUUAAUGGCAUCAAGUUCUAAGACGAGAAAUGCUCAAAACUCUUCCACUCAGUUGGAGAAUGCCUCGGUCACGCAAAAUCUUGGUGCUUCUUCGCUUGUUCAAAUAUGGGAGGCUAGGCUAAAUCGAUCCAACAGCACAAAUUCAAACCAGAGCCAGAGCCAGAGCCAAAGCCAAAGCAUGGGUUCUAACACUAGCAGGACAAGUUGUGGUUCAAGCUCUAAUGAGAAUAAUGCCUCACCCGUCGAAGAACCUGAUUCAUUUGAUGAAAAAUUAGACAAUGGACCAAACAAUGAGGAUUCUUUAAUAGAUUGGGAGUCCCAAUCAGAUAGAACUGCGCCAGGUGAAGCACCUUCUUCGUCGUGUAGUGGGGAAAGAGAAAGAGUGAGAGUUGCGGAUAUCAUCAAGAGAUUGACAAAUGGUAGCGAAGAUGCCAACGAUCAUGAACAGAGUAAUAACGUUAGUGACUCACAAAGUAGAGAGCGCAGGCAUGCUACCACAUCAGAUCAAGCAGAGCAGAGGUGUUUCGCACAGGUUGUAAACUCACCCCGGCUAAGAGGGCGACAAGCAUUCAAUGAUUUGCUAAUACAGAUAGAGCGAGACAAGAAUAGAGAGUUAGAUUCGCUAGUGGAACGCCAAGCAGUCUCAAAAUUCUCGCAGCGAGGCCGCCUUCAGUCGAUGCUACGGCUUCGAUGUCUACAGCGCAGCGUGACAAUUCAAGAUAAGUGUCGUCCACAAUCACGGGCAGCUCAAGUGAAUCGCUUACCCCAGCGGUCCACCAUUAAGCAUCUCAGCAGCCAAUUAACACGAAACUUAACUACAUCCAGGGAGAAGUUUAGCAGUGGUGCUGAGCAUCCCGUGACAACCCAGAAUGAUUCAGCUACUCCAAGCUGCCUUAAUAGGGAGGUGUCAAACAAUUCUAUACAGUUUGAGAAAAGUUGCACUUCCAAACCACAGAGUGAAGAUACUCAUUCCCAAAAAGUGACUUCCGCUGGGCAUCAGAGUACAUGGCCAGUUAAUCGCUUGACCAUGAACACAAAUGAAGAUCUUCAUGAACAGACCAAGCCAGCUUCAGAUGCCGUACCACAGAAACCGAGCACGGAAGCAAGAUGCACAGAGGCCACCACAUCCUUGGAGGGUCAAUCUGACAACGAGAUGGCAAAAGAACAAGGGUCCAACAGCCAACAGCAUCCCUUCCUUGACUCACAAGAAAUUGUGGAAACGAUAUCAUCUUUGAAUGUCUACACUCAAAAUAAGGUUGCAAAAGAACAAGAUAAUCACAACCAGCAUCUUUAUCUUGACUUGCAAGAAACAACAGAAACAACAACAUCCUUGCAUAGUUGCACAGAGAACGAGAUAGCUGAAGAACAGGAUAUUGGUGACCAGGAGCAUCUCUACCUUGGCUCCCAGGAAACUGCAGAGACCGCAACAUCCUACAAUGAUCCAGAUGAGAACGUGGUAACUGAAGAACUGGAGGAUCAUUACCAACAAUAUUUUGCUCAAACAAAUUAUGACUGGUUUAGUAAUAUAUCCCGACCCAGAAGCUACUGGGAAGGCUUACGGCAAGCAUGGUACCAAGAAGUGCUUAACACCACCUCAAAAGAUGAGGAGAUACGUCAGCUCCUAGAAAGGGGAAGAGUUUCGACUUUUCUUGCUAGUGAUUUCCGAGAGAGAAUGGACCGAUUAAUGAUUUCUCGUGUACAAAUGCAAGCAGAUCGAGCUGAAAGUCAAGAAGAUAAGGAGGACGAUGAGGAUAGGAUGGUCCAAGUGAUGUCUUACCUACAGAGACAUUCGCAUCCAUCAGGUGGUCAAGAAGGAAGAGGUGGGGUACAAGAGGUAGAUGGACAAGAAGAAGAAGAAGACGAUGAAGAUGAAGAAAGGAGCCUAAUCAGCCAUCAAUAUCAUGAAGCCAAUAGCUACUUCAAUCAAUCCACAUCAUCUAUGCAAAUGCCUUCACCAUCUCUGAUGAGGUCAUGGAGUUUUCAAGAUGACAACGAAAUUGGUAAUAAUUCUGAUCGGGGUCCAUCCACGUUUUCACCUCCACCAGGAGCAUCUCAACCCCAAUAUUUUCAAGAUACUCGACAGUCCUCCUCUUCUUCGAUAAACCGUCCUUCGCUCGAAAUGGAACUCAUCUGUGAUUUAAGAGGGCACAUGGAGCAACUUCACCAGGAGAUGGCUGAGCUAAGAAGAUCAAUUAUGAGCUGCAUGGACAUGCAGAUGAAAUUGCAACAAUCCUUUAAUCCGGAAGUUCAUUCGGAUGGAGGGGAGGGGAAGAAUUCAGCAGAUAGGGCACCAUGGAAACGCAAUUGCUGUAUUUGCUAUGAAGUGCAGGUUGACUCACUUUUGUACAGAUGCGGGCACAUGUGCACCUGUCUGAAAUGUGCGCAUGAAUUGCAAUGGAGUGGUGGAAAAUGUCCAAUCUGUCGGGCUCCCAUACUGGAUGUUGUAGCAUACCAGCCAAGUGAACGAGUUCUUGCUUCUGAUGGAGGACCGUCUGCAUUCUUAGUUAACUCUAAUUAAAUUUUUAAAUCAACUCCCAACGUAUUGUGGAAGUUUAAUUAAUAAAAAGAAAUGGGUUGCUAGUACCGGUGAGUCUUUGUCCUUGUAAUUAUU